AUGAGCUCCAAAAACGUGUCCUCGGCUCAGAGUCGUGUCCUCGCCGGGCCGGCUGCGUGUUGCGGGUUCUUCUCCUCAGUCAUGAGCCCGUGUGUUGUGUCCCCUCCUGUCAGCCGGGGAAGUGACGUUUGGGAAGUGACUCUGAGCAACCCUGUGGAAAAAGUGGCCUAUCUUAUAAUAUUCCAUAUUCUCUUUGUGCUCUUUGUGUGGACAUACUGGAAGUCUAUUUUUACUCUCCCGGUGCAGCCAGGCAAAAAGUACCAUAUGUCCUACGCUGACCAAGAGCGCUAUGAAAAUGAAGAAAGGCCGGAGGUGCAGAGGCAAAUUCUCGCCGAAAUUGCAAGGAAGUUGCCGGUGUACACAAGAACGGGGAAUGGAGGUAUUCGAUUCUGUGAUAGAUGCCAGCUGAUAAAACCUGACCGUUGUCACCACUGCUCCGUUUGUGCUGUAUGUGUGCUGAAAAUGGAUCAUCACUGUCCAUGGGUGAAUAACUGCAUUGGAUUUUCUAACUACAAAUUCUUUCUACUGUUCUUAGCCUAUUCUUUGUUGUAUUGCUUGUAUAUUGCUGCAACAGUCUUCAAGUAUUUCAUUAAGUAUUGGACAGGUGAACUGACUAAUGGACGUUCCAAAUUUCAUGUCCUUUUCCUCCUCUUUGUGGCGAUCAUGUUCUUUGUAAGCCUUAUGUUUCUGUUUGGCUACCACUGUUGGCUCGUCAGUAGAAACAGAUCUACUUUAGAGGCUUUCUCGGCUCCAGUGUUUCAAAAUGGCCCAGAUAAAAAUGGAUUCAAUCUUGGCUUUGUAAAGAAUCUUCAGCAAGUGUUUGGAGAAGAAAAAAAGCUGUGGUUACUACCUAUUGCCUCUAGCCAGGGCGAUGGACAUUUUUUCCCAAUGAGAGCUUUGUGCGAAGCUCAGAAUCCUCUCCUAGCAAAUGAAGAGCAGUGGGAAGAUGAUGGAAUAGAUGAAGAGCCUCAUGGUUCUGGUGAAGCUUCAUCCCUUGCCAUAGAAAGGGAGACAUAG